AAAUUUGGAUAUGUGAACCAGUAGCUCAAAAAGAUCGGGGAUGUCUUUGGUUUUCAGAUUCUUGCUUUUCCAGUAGAAGAACUCUUCAUCUACGUCCUUCAAAAUAUUUGUCCUGUGAUUAUGAGGGUCAUAUUUCUCUGCUUGCCCUUCCACACUUUCCAGUUUUUUGCGAGUAUGGAGAAAGAUGGGGCUUCCCAAGUGGCUCAGUGGUAAAGAAUCCACCUGCCAAUGCAGGAAACCGGGUUCAACCCCGGGGUCAGGAAGAUACCCAGGAGAAGGAAAUGGCAAACCACUCCAGUAUUCUUGCCUGGAGAAACUCAUGGACAGAGGAGCCUGGUGGGUUACAGUCCAUGGGGUCUCAAAGAGACAGACAUGACUCAGCGACUAACAACAAGAGCAAAAUUCUCAAUACUUCUGCAGUGAUUUACACACAGAGGUUCAAACUGAUCUGUGAAGGAAGGAUGAAUACCUCUCUCCAGGGGAGUUUUCCAGGGAAGGGAAUAUCAUCAAUCUCCUAGGUGGGAGCUUUGCCAUUGGAUGUCUCAGACUCGACCUGAAUCAUCUUGAGAAUCGGUUCUCAGCACCUGCUCUCACUUGAGAAACUGAGAAUGAGACUUUGGGUCUCGGUAAUUCUAACAGCUCUCAUACCUUCCACAUCAGCUAGGUUUAGCAGACCAUUUUUGGGCCUGGAAAAUGAGGCUUUAAUUGUGACAUGUCCCAGACAAGAAAAAUAUCCAUACCCUGUGGACUGGUAUUACUCAAAAACCAACAAAAGUAUUUCUACCCAGAGAGGAAAUCGGAUAGUUGCCUCAGGGAAGUGUCUCAAGUUUCUCCCAGCCAAAGUCAGCGACUCGGGAUUUUAUACCUGCAUUGUCAGACGUCCUACCUCCAAUAAGACUGGAUAUGUGAAUGUCACCAUUUUUGAAAAACAACCAGAUUGCAAUAUUCCAGAUUAUCUGAUAUAUUCAACAACAUCUGGAUCAGAAAAAAAUUCCCUAAUAUUUUGUCCUACAAUUAACCGCUACAAUUGGACACAGCCUGUUGAGUGGUUUAAGAACUGUGAAGUUCUCCAAGGACCAAGGUACCUGGCACACAAGUCGUUCUUGCUGAUUGACGAUGCAACCAACAAGGAUACUGGUGAUUAUACAUGUAAAUUUAUACACAACGAAUAUGGAGUCAAAUAUAUUGUAACAGCAACCAAAUCAUUCACAGUUACUGAGGAGCAGGGCUUUUCUUUGCCUCCUGUAAUUAUAGCGCCUCCACAAAACGAAAUAAAGGAAGUGGAAAUUGGAAAACCAAUAAACAUAACGUGCUUGGCUUGCUUUGGGAAAGGCCCUCAGGUCAUGGCUGAGGCCUUCUGGCGGGUGAACGGAAGUGAGGUUACGAACUUUGGUGAAACGAGAAUACAAGCGAUGCAGGAGCAAACGCAAAGCAAUGAGCUGACUUGCCGAAACACCGUUUUAAGAAUAGAGGAUGUAAAAGAAGAGGAUUUGACAUCGAAGUAUGACUGUCUGGCCAUGAAUUUCCACGGCUUCAUCACGCACACUAUAACACUAAGGAGGAAAAAUCCAAUGGAUCAACAAAGUACCUACUACAUGCUUGCAGGAUUUACCCUAUUAUUAUUACUAAUCAAUGCCUUGGUGAUAAUUCUAAAAGUGUUCUGGAUUGAGAUUAUUCUGUUCUGGAGAGACAUAGUUAAACCUUCCAAAACUAGGAACGAUGGGAAGAUCUAUGAUGCUUAUGUGAUCUAUCCACGAAGCUGCAAAAACAGUCCAGAGGGGGCCAGCUCUGUGGAGUACUUUGUUCACCAGAUUCUGCCCGAUGUUCUUGAAAAUAAAUGUGGUUACAACUUAUGCAUCUAUGGGAGAGACCUGCUUCCUGGACAAGAUGUAGCCAGCGCAGUGGAAACCAGCAUCCGGAUGAGCAGGCGGCACCUCUUCAUCCUCACUCCCGAGAUCGUGCACAGCAAGGAGUUCACCUACGAGCGGGAGAUCGCCUUGCACAGCGCCCUCAUUCAGCAGGACUCCAAGGCCAUCCUCAUUGAAAUGGAGGCUCUGUGCCCGCCUGGCGGCCUGCAGUUUGAGGAGCUUCAGGACUCCCUUAAGCAUCUCAUCAAAGUGCAGGGGACCAUCAAGUGGAGGGAGGACCAUGUGGCCAACAAGCGGUCCCUGAAUUCCAAGUUCUGGAAACAUGUAAGGUACCACAUGCCACCGGUGCCAAGCCGACUUCCCAGGAAAACUCCAAGCUUGGCAUCCUUGAGUGCCCAGGGGUAGCAGUGGUUGCUUUGAUGGCGAAUGCAUCCCGUGUUGUGCAUCCGAAUUUCUCCUAACUGGGUCACGCUGCUGUACCAGACACUGAGCUCCAGAAAUAGGACUAUAGCGGAGGGAUUUCAGACCUCAAGCUUCAUGCUCUAACUUUACUUCCGUUUGCCUGAUUUCGGGUGCAUGCAAAAUGCCCAGGGAUUUUCAGCCUCAAGCUCCCUGACUCUUAACCUCACAUUCCAUCUCCCUUGGCUAGUCCUUCUCCAUUGUGGUUUAGCAUCUUCUAGCUACAGGAGCCUGGUGGGCUGCAGUCCACAGGGUCGCUAGAGUCGGGCACGACUGGGCGACUUCACUUUCACGUUUCACUUUCAUGCAUUGGAGAAGGAAACGGCAACCCACUCCAGUGUUUCUUG